ACUGUUGUUGCAAUAAACGAUACAAUAUGAAGCAGUUUUUGACGUGGCAGACAAAUUUUUUGGGCGCAUUUAUUUUAAUAAUUUUUUUAAAUAACGCCAAAACGCAAGUUGUUCCUAAUGAGGUGACGAAACCGUGGUACGAGAAUUUGCCAGCUGUGGCAAUGGAUUACAAGGUUCAUAUUGAUGCGGGAAAAGAGGACUGUUAUCAUCAGUAUGUGCAGCCGGGUGCAACAUUCUAUGUAUCGUUUAGCGUGGUUCGAGGCGGCGAUGGUAUGGCUGGUUUUGCUGUACGUAAUCCUCAUGGUCAGAUAGUUAAACCGUAUCAGUGGCAAGCAACGGCUGACUAUACAGACGAAGUGUCACCCGGCGGCUACUAUUCAGUAUGCAUUGAUAAUCAAUUCUCCCGCUUUGCUGGUAAACUGGUCAAUAUAUACAUAACGGUUGUGAAAUACGAUGCCUGGGAUAAGUACGCCAAAGAGAUUGAAGAGCUGCAACUGAAUAUGAACAAUUUUACUACGACAAUAGGGACUGUAGAACGUAACAUUAAUGACAUGUUGGCUUAUCAAUACCAUAGUAGAAAUCGCGAGGCUAUCGAUUUUGCUCUACUACUCGACAACAAUACUUAUAUACAAACAUUUUCAAUAUGUCAAAUAUUUGUAAUUUUAGUAACUUGUUCUGUUCAGGUGUUAUUUGUUCGCAAGCUGUUCAAUGUUAAGGAUAACUCAAGAAGUCGUAUUUAAAGGCGAUGCCCUAUUCAUAUCAGCUUAUGUUAUGUAAAUAUGCGGAAGACCCGAAUACCAUAGUGAACACAAUAUUCCUCCUUGUUUUUUUUUUUUUUUUAUUUUUUAUGUUCCAUUCAUAUGAAUUUUCCUACUUUAAUUUUAUACAAUUUCUCAUAGUUAAUUUCACUCAAAAGAACCUUGUUGCACAAGCGCAUUUUCUAAAAUUGAAAAAUAUCAUAUAUAAUUGAUAGAAAAGCCACUAUAUUUUGCUGUAAAUUUGUAUUUUUGUACUGUACUGUAUAUAAACAAAAAAAAAAAAAAAAAACAAAA